AUGGAUGGUAGAGUACUGAUGACAUAACCCCGUCGGAAAGAGCAAACCCUCCUCCCCACCUCUCCCUCCCUCUCCGUCACUCUCUCUCCCUUCUCUCUCUCUCUGUAGUACAGAAGGUUCCAUCUGCGAUAUCUAGGGUUUUAUUUUAUUUUUGAAAACCAUCUCAACGCCCAUAUAGAAGAGAAAUCAAUCAACAUCAUCAUUUGAGAAGCCCUCAGCCAAUCGUAAUCUCAGCAAAACCCAAUCCAAUGCAGUUGGUUCUUGGAUUCGGUACAACCAAACGCCAGUAAACUCCCCUUCCAGUAUUCCCCGCUGCAGUUAGCAGAUAAAUAUAAAAGAGAGAGAAAGAAAGCGAGAGAGCGAGAAUGGCAAAGACAAAGCCCGGAAAGAAAGACUUAGAUUCCUACACCAUCAAAGGCACCAACAAGGUCGUCAAAGCUGGUGACUGUGUUCUGAUGCGUCCCUCCGACUCGGACAAGCCUCCAUAUGUGGCUCGCGUGGAGAAGAUCGAGGCCGACAACCGCAACAAUGUGAAGGUGCGGGUGAGGUGGUAUUACCGUCCGGAGGAGUCGAUUGGAGGAAGGAGACAGUUCCACGGGGCGAAGGAGCUCUUCCUCUCCGACCACUAUGACAUUCAGAGCGCCCACACCAUUGAGGGCAAGUGCAUUGUGCAUACCUUCAAGAACUACACCAAGCUUGAGAAUGUCGGAGCUGAGGAUUACUUCUGCCGCUUUGAGUACAAGGCUGCUACUGGGGGAUUCACCCCUGACCGUGUUGCUGUUUAUUGCAAGUGUGAGAUGCCGUACAACCCAGAUGACCUUAUGGUUCAGUGUGAGGGAUGCAAGGACUGGUUUCAUCCUUCUUGUAUGGGCAUGACUAUCGAACAAGCAAAAAAGCUAGAUCACUUUUUGUGUUCUGAUUGUUCCUCUGACGAUGAUACGAAAAGAUCCCUGAACACAUUUCCUGUUUCACCACUUACUGAGCCUAAGGUGGAACCAAAACGCCGAAAGCGGUGAAUUCUGAUGCAAAGGUCAUGGUCAAGGUAUGCAUUUACUGGCACAUUAGCUCUUUAUCGUUGGCUAUUGGGAGAUGUACAGUGCAGAGAGCAGACUGUAUGCACCCAACUGAGGCGUUUUUUUUUCUUUAAUCUCUUUAAUUUAAUGUUUAACUUAAUAUGUGUCCUCGGGUCCAGAAGUUGAAUUUGGAACCUGUCCUGUCUAUCUACAACCUGUGCAAAAUGUCAGUCCUUAGGCAUAGAGAUAAUACAGAGAAUGAUUGGAAGGGAAAAAGUUUGUUUUUCUUCUUCUUUUUUGUAAUGUGUGGAUUUUGUACACGUCACAUGCUUUCUUGUCACGGUAUGUACUUUGUGUCCAACUUAUUAAAACAGCCAGUUUUUGUUGAA